AUGGCGCUCCCCUGCUCAGCUCCACCAUCUGUUUCUAAUGGAUUCUAUGUGAUUGCAAAAGGAACCUACCAGAAUGGUGAUCAGAUAGCGUAUUAUUGUAAGAUGGGGUAUGAACUGGAUGGGACUCAGACCAGAUCGUGUGAUGGUUCUUCUGGGGCCUGGGACGGGGCAACCCCAAAAUGCACAAAGGUGACAACAACAACUAUCAUUACAACAACAACAACAGCGCCUACUUCCCAAAUAUCAGUGUCAAUUCUGGUGCUGAUUCCCUUUCUGCUGUUGCUUCUAUCCCUGAUAAGUUUAGGUACAUGGUACAUUAUAAAGCGAUGUUACUGUGCGAAAGGCUGCAAAAAACAAUCAUUUUGGAUAGAUGGUGACGAUCACGUGCAAUAUGGUUAUUGGUAUGGAGGCUGUAAUACCUGUUGCCAUUACUUAUACGCGUACAUUACGUGUCAAAGGUGCAAGAAAGCCCAACUUUCACAAAAUCUUAAUGGUGAUGUUUGGAGUUUAAGGAAUGGCGGAUUGUGGUCGUCUCAGAAUGGCAGGAAGUCGGCUUCUUCCAGAGUGUUUUCUAGUUCAAUAUGGAGUUCAACAAGAAGCACUAAAAGUGAAUCCCCAUGGAAACCAAAUCUUGAUUCCGUACCGGAGAAAUCGCAAACAACAAUAUCUGAUCUUUAAUUCCUUGAUAGAUCUAAGCAAUUAUUAAUCGUUAUUGUCUUCCAAAACAACAAGAAAGAUGAUGCUUAUAUUGUAAGAAUACGCAAGAAUUCAUUGAUGUUCCACAAAUAAUUUUAAUUUUAUUGCUCCAGUCCACCAAUGUUUUGAUAACCCCUCGAAUGCACAUAUUUCUGCGUUCAUAUACUAGAACAGAUUCUUACAUAACAUGCAUACUGAAAAAUCACGUCAAACACUAUAAAUUUAUCUUUACUUGGAAAAUUCCCAUGUCAAAGUACACCCAUUUCCAUUCAUUGGAAAAGGUAUUGUAAAAAAAAAAAAGUAAAACAAUCCCUUUCUAACUCAGCAUUAAACAUACUGUCACUUUAUCGUGUGCAAUUUGGGCACAUAUAUUUCCUACCGCUUAUACGGCCAGGGAAAAAAUAACUACAUUGUAUUAAGUGAGAAACAUCAUUGGUAAUUGCUUUAGAGACAACAAAAUUAUACAAAUAAAACAAUUAAAUAUACAAUUCAAAGUUACUAGAGGCAAUACACAAAAUAUUCAACUUAUCUACAGUAUAUGACAUCAAAUCAUUGAUAUAAAUGCGCAUUACUGUUACAAGUCUUACAUAAAAUGUGAAGAUUACAGCAAUCA